AUGCGGGGAUUCUGGUUGCUGGCCGCUUGGUCGCUUCGCGAAGCGGCUGGAGCAGAUCAGAGUGAGAAUUGUGGGAUUUGGGCCGCUGCUGGUGAGUGCACUCGAAAUGCGGCCUACAUGCUCAAGGCCAUGGGCCCAUGGGCGGCUGUGCCAUGUGCCAAGAAGAGUAUUGCUUGCUCAGAAAGCUGCAGCUCAGUCAGUUCCAAAGAAUCGCCCAAAUGCCGUGAGUGGGCAGAUGCAGGCGAAUGUAGCAGAAAUGCUGCUUUCAUGCUCAAGGAGUGUGGCAACUUCUGUCCAUCCGAAAAAGGCGAGAUGGAAGAGUGCGAGCAGUGGGCUCGCGCAGGCGAAUGCGAUCGGAACCCUGAGUUCAUGCUGAAGAAGUGUGCUUCAAGUUGUGGCAGCUUGAAGCAGGAGCCUUUGAGACAGGCAGCCGAAGCCUCAAAGGCAGAAGCUCGCGCUGUCAAAGCAGAGGCACAGCUACAAGCAGCCAGGAAGGAAAUCGAGGAGAUGCAGCGAUUUCUAUCUGAGGCCAACAAGCUGGCACUCGAACAAGCAGAGAAGCAGGACGAGCAGAAGAUACGGAAGUUAGAUCUGGCAAGGACAGUGGCAGAGGAGAAAGAGAAGCAACUCAGAGAGGCCUUGGAGAGCUCAAAGUCCCGGACGGCCAUCUUGGAGGAACAGCUGGCAGCCUUGAAAGCUGACAUGGAGAAAAUCACCAAGGAAAAAGGAGAGAAAUCCCCAGCACGGCCACGGACUCCGCCUGCGCCUCGGAAAGUGGGGGGACCCAGCUACGCCUUGGUGGUGCCGGAAGAGAAUGAGACAGCGUGUGAACAGUCGCUGCAUCGGCUUUGUGGGGGUAACUUGGAUGGGCAACGGCCCGAUCUGGCUGAAGUGCUGCAAGCAUGUCAGCAUGCUGUGAAGGAGAUUGAGAAGGAGAUGAAGCUCCGAGCCAUUAUCACCAGCCCUAUUAUUGAAGCACCAAGGGAUCGCGAAGCGUGCCCAAGUCAACCACAAAUCGUGAGAUCUGAAGGUCAGAGAUUGAACGAGGAUGAAGAGCUCUUGUUCUUUUUCUCAGGUCAAGUGCUGUGUGAUGGCAAUUGCUCCUCUGGGCUCAUGCUGUCAUCUGUGAAAGCUGCCUUACAACAGUCCUUUCAGCUAUUUCUUGAUGGUUUCCUAGUGGCCCUCAACCAUGGCUUGGGCGCAGACCCUGACAAGGGCCGGGCAGCUGCCUCGCAUGCCAGCAAGAUUUUCCGACGUCUCCGGGAAAAGCUUUGGACAAAGAUUACAUCCAAGCUAGCUGUUCUGGAGGCAGCGAUGGAGAAACUUCAUCCGCAGGUGUCUGAAGUCAAAGCUCAGGUGUUUGAUACCACCAGCACUUUGGCACAGAGUAGCAAGGAAAAGAUGGAGAAUGCCUUCAACAAGAUCACUUUAGCCUUUCCUGCUGAGCACCAGACAUUCUUACCAAAACCAUCGUCAUUGCCAGAACAGUCUCUGGCUCUUGACCGUCGCGAUACGGCUCAGCGUCAAGCUCUUGGUGGUGUUGCCAUGCCACGUGUUGCGGGUCACCUGUCGAUGAUGCUCUUCUUGAGAAGGGCGCGUUUGCGUCCUCAAGUCUUCCGGUGGCGAGCUUUUGCCGGAGUAGCUGACCGUCCAGCACUUCGUUUCUCGCGGGGACGUGUCGCUUUGCUUGCCCUAUGUGGUGCGGGAGGAACUUUGGCAGUGAAAGCUGAAGUGCACAAGUGGCUUUGGGACGAGUUGCGCGAAGCAGCGCACCCGAACCUGGCAAAAGAGCGUGAGGCGUUGGCUGUGGAACAUGAGCGCCGUCGCCAAGAGGAGGUGGAGAGGCUACGAAGUGAGGCGUCAAUAUGGCGUUUGCUGCAGCUUGCCUUUCUCAUGCUACCGCUCGCAAUUUAUUGGCCGGCAUGGACCCAAGCUGGUGAGAUGCCAAACAGCCAGAGCACAGCGAAGGAGUACUGUAUCUGGAAGCUCUCAGUGAUUUCUCUGCCAGGUACUCCCAUCACGAAUCAGCGUUGCAUUCGUCUCCAGGGCGAAGUAGGCUAUUAUUACUCCAGAUUCAAACUGGACUCGGACCAUGUGAAGCCAGCUCCCAGCACUCCAGUGGAGGAUGCCUUCGCAACAGUGCUGAGCCGCCUUGGCAUAUUUAUAGAGGAAGCCGCAACAGUGGAGGAGGAAUACCGGCGCAAGUGUGUGGAGACGCUGGAUGCUUUCCAACAAAAGCGACAUGUGGCGUUGAUGCAGCAGGCGGCAGAGACCUUUGCGGCAGUCUGUGACCUGGCCAAAGAAUUAUUGCCAAAGGUUCAACAGCAGGAGACUCUGCCGGCUGAAGUGCUGCAGAAAUUGAACGCGACGAUGAGCGCAUCUGAGUCACGCUACUCAGGUGCCGUAGCAAAGUCAGAUGUUCUGCCUGAGCAAUUGCUGACAGCGGUGCCGGGAUCAAAGCUGUAUCCGGGCCUGCUCAAGAAGGUGGAAGCUAUUUGCCAGCGUCAGCUAAAUGACUUUGAGAACAGAGAAGUGGAUGCUUUUCGCGCAUGGCUUCAAAAAGGGGCCAAUGACGUGAACUUUGAUGUGCAGAUUAAGCAACAUUUGGACCAGAAGUCUAGCAAAGCCAAGGAGUUGUCCAAGGUUCACCAAGAGUGCCUGGUGCAAUCUGAUCAUCUUCCCGUCCUGGAAAGAGUUCAGCUAGGUGAGCUUUCCGAAACUGUGAACGUCUUGGUGUGGAACACACUCGAGUUUCCAUCGUUGAAGACCGAGACUUUGGUCGUGGAUGGGAUCUCACCGUACUGUUCGGAGAUUGGACAUGUCUUAAAUCGCAACAAUGCAGAGGAAAGAGCACUCCUGCUAGAGGCAAUGAGCUCUGAACCCGUCAUCCUGGGCCAUACUAUGCACGUUUGGUCGAAGAUAUGCGACGCUCUGUCCGCGGACUCUUCCGCCGUCGUGUUGCUGCAGGAAUUGAACCAUGACGUGGCGAACAAGGUGAAAGAUGAAUGCUCCAAGCAAUCGUGGACUGCUCUGUUCUCUCAUGCCAAUCAGGACAGUAGCAAAUGCAAUGCCAUCACUGCUAUCGUGUCUCAGCAAGCCUUCGAAGAGACGACCCAGGUGGAGAUCGUUGAGAACAAGAAGACUCGAUUCUUCAUUGCGGCUCGACGAAAAGAAACGUGGUUUGUGUCCUGUCACGUUCCCUUGGUGACUGGCAAGAAGCUGCCUGUGGGAAUCAACGAGGAUGUGGCCACCAAAGUCCUGGAACAGUUGGUGGGUGAGCUGUUGAGCGAAGGGAAGAUCCUGAUUGCUGGUGGCGAUUGGAAUGGCAAUGUGCACGAGGUUGCAGGUUUGGUGGGAGAACAGACUGCCGACCCAAAAAGGCUGGCACAGUGGGCAGCCACGCGGCGUGAUUUGUUUCCUGACCAGGUGUGUGCAGCCUUAGGCCGCAUGCACGAAUCGGUGAGUGCACCAUGGUCAAAGACAAUCGAGCCCACGGAGGUGUGUAGCUCCCUGCGAGACGCGGAGAUGGAUAUGGAGUCUUUAGAAUCGAGGCCAUACGCGAGUGGCAGCAUGGCAGAGGUGUACUUUGGCAGAUUGCGAGACGGCACAGAAGUGGCUGUGAAGUGCAUGAGGCCAGGCGUGAAGCACUUGCUGGAAGCUGACCUGGCUUGGCUCUUGCGCCUUAGCAGCUGGGCCGACUCUAUGGCUCCUUUGCGACUGCUUCACUUGGGCAAGGCAGUGGAAGAGUUCUGCGAGCACGUCCAGAUGCAGACGGAUUUCCGAACAGAGGCCUCGCAUUUGGAGCAGUUUCAGUGCAACUUCAAGGAGCUGGCGUUCAUUCGCUUCCCCUCUCCUUUGUACGCUUCGCAAGAACUGCUGGUACUCUCGCGUGAAAUGGGCAAGGAGCUCUCUCGAGUCUUUCGAGAUGCGGUGGCGUUCGGCCAGCAGAGCGUAGAUCAGUCCAGCAGCUUGCAACAGCAUGCAGAAGACAUCAGAAGUAUCCUUGGAGUUCCUCAGGAAGUGAGCCAACGAAUUGCCAAUGAUAGCCUCUCUGCUUACAUGCGCAUGAUCUUCAAGGAUCAAUUUAUCCACGGAGACCUUCAUCCCGGCAAUGUCAUGGUGAAGCUUGAAGAGGGUUCCAGCCCCGAUGUCGAGGAGGCUACAACUACAGAGAGCACCUCUCGUCUGGACAGGCUAACCAAACGUUUGAGGAGCGCAGCUCGAUCGUACAGUCCACCCUUUCAGCUCAUCAUCUUGGAUGCAGGUCUUGCCAUUCCGCUGCCUCGGGACAAGGUGGAGGCCUUGCGAUCUUUGGCUCUUGCGAUUAUCUAUGGAGACUUCUAUAGAGCAGCCGACAUCCUGUACCAACAAAGCCCUGACACGUCACAAUGCCAGGAUCCACAAGGCUUCAAAAAUGGCCUGGCGAAGGCCUUCAGAGAUUGCAGGAGACAGGUUUAUGAGGAUGGCUUCGUGCAGGUCAGUGAUUCUGUCUUGGAAGCACUUCGCUUGGUCCGUCACUACAAUGUCGGAUUAGAUACAACCCUCACUUGGACCCUAUUGGGCAUGCUCAGCAUUGAGGGCUCCGCCCGGCAGUUAGAUCCAGAAGUGGAUUGUGCCAGAGCUGCCACCAGGUACAUCCUGAAUAUGCCAAGCCUGUGGAAUGAACUCCGAAGUCACUCGUGGCAUACUUCCAGGCAUAUGUUUGUGGAAAUGUUCCUUACUUGGCUUGGAAUUGACUAUUGGGAGUGGCGAAACUCCUCACAAAUCUUUGAGAACUUCAAGAUGUGA